CCACCCACCGCUGUUUCUCGGCUUUCCUUCAACCAAUUAUACUGAUUUUUAGUAUGUGAUUAGUGUCAACCAUAAACUAGUUAUCUACAUAAAAUCAGCUCAAAUGGUUGAACGACAACCGAGAAAUAGCGGUGGUUGGACGGUACCACCCAUCGCAAGAAUGGAAGGAUUACUGUAGUCAUAUUUAUUUACUCUGCUCGUUUUUGGAACAUUUUGAAGAUUGUCUUCAGUCGGUUCAGAAGUGUGUUGGGUGCAAAUGGGGCCAAAUUUGAUUUGUAUUCUAUCAUUUGCUGCUCUGGCAGUAUCAGCUGAUGCGGGGUUUUUCACCAACACUCCCCCGGUGGAUUACCAUGCGAGAAAGUCACUAAAAGACUGUCAUUCAAGAUAUUUUCGCAGAUCAGAUUAUGAUAUAAUGCCAAUUUACAGAGGACAAUUGGUUCAUAUUGGAGAAUUCCUACACAUGGCGGCUAUUGGAUGGACGACCAAUGGGAGAACCGAAUACUUGUGUGGUGGUUCACUAAUUUCAAAGAAAUUUGUACUUACAGCUGCACAUUGUGCAUCAAAUGAUAAUGGAGUUCCACCAAAUACUGUUCGUCUUGCAGAUGUCGAUUUGCGUUUCAUUGAGAAAGGUUCGCGAGCUCAGCAAGUCAAAAUUCGGUCUAUUAGAAUGCAUCCUCAGUACCGACCAUCCAAGAAAUAUUUUGAUAUUGCACUCUUCGAACUUGAAACUGAACCAUGGUUCGAGAAUCUGGUAUGCGCUUCAUGUUUCUGGUUGGAGGAGGAUGUACCUCCAGAGGAGAUGGUGGCAAUUGGUUUUGGUGCUGAACAAUAUGGUGAAGGUCCCAGUCAAAUCUUGCAAAAAGUUAGCUUGUCGGUAAUAGAUCGAAAAAAUUGCGCUGGGAGACUCCCAGUUGGUAUACGAGCAUUGUCAAGAGGUCUAGUGGAUGCGCAAUUCUGUGCUGGUGGUGAUAAUAAGGAUGCAUGUGGCGGCGAUUCUGGUGGUCCGAUUCAAGUCGAAAGGGCAGACCUCGACGGAACGCUCGUGCCUCUUAUCGUCGGCAUAAUCUCAUUCGGGACACCCUGCUCCAAUGGUUCCCUAGGAGUAUAUACGCGAGUCGCUUCCUAUCGAGACUGGAUAGAGCAAGAGAUUCAACAACCUAUAGACUACCUAACUUGCACACGAACUUCAUCUUGCCUAAGUAGAAAGCGAGUUCACACUCCAAUUGAUGAUCUAAAGGAUCAUUUUCGUCCCAGUUUUCGCAUCGGUUUACUUUGGGAUGCUACCGAGAUCAACGACUUUCAAUGCGGAGCAACGUUAAUUGAUUAUCGUUUUGCCCUUACAUCAGCAUUCUGUGCCCGACUGAAGCGAAAUCAACCACAGUAUAUCAUCAUUGAAUCCACAGAAGAGAUUGUUGAUAUUGAAAGUGUUAUCAUUCAUCCGGAAUAUAUUGAUGGAAUGGCAAAACAUGAUCUUGCGCUGCUGAAAUUAACAAAAUUUUUAAAAAAUUUCGUAGGUCUAGUACCGGCUUGCUUGUGGCGGGAAACUGGUGAAUUCCAGGGAAACGUGGACUUUUCAGCAUAUGCCAUUAAAUUAGAGAACAGAGAACGUUACAGUGAAGAUGAUUAUCAGCGACACAUAAUAAAUGUUGCCAGCAAUGGAAAAUGCAUUAAUCCAGAAGUCGAACAGGAUAACCUAUUUUGCGGAAAACAUUCAUUGAAAUUAAUCCCCACGGUGUGCCACAUGGAUUUCGGUGGUCCAGUAUCCAGUAGUUAUAAUGGCAUUGAUUAUUUAUAUGGAGUGGUAUCCAAGUUGAGUGUAGGAUGCGAUGGAGAAUUAGUUGCAACCAAGGUGUUCCCUUAUGUUUCAUGGAUUGAGAGUAUCGUUUUGGGAUCAUUAUAGCGAUUAUACAGCGGUGCUUUGUUUUGAUUGA